UAACGGGAAUCAGUUUUUCAAAGCUUCACUUCAUAUCACAUCUUCAGUGUCAAAGUACUUAAACUAACAUGCUUCGGCAACUUUAUACUCGGGCUAGGCCCUCAUUACUAAGGCCAAUCGCCCAUCACCGUCAGUUUAGGAGCCGGCCGCAGCUCAGCUUCUCCAAUUAUGCGCCGCCGCCGCCUGGUCCAUAUUUCUCUGCACCACCCCGGUCACGAGGUAGCCGGCUUAAGGAUAUCGCACUCGGAUCGGUGAUCACCAUUGUUGCUUAUAUAGCAUAUCAAUUUUAUUCCUUCCGUCAGUUUUCCAAGGAUCUUGAGAAAGCCGUAGAAGAACUUAGUCAGGAAGAGGCCAGGGAUGAUGAGUUGCGCCUGAGCUUCGCUGAUGCUCGCCGCGCCGGUGAUCAUGAUCGUUUAAGGGAAAUUACUUUUCAACACGCGCGCCGCAAGUGCAUGUCGGACCAUACGAUGGAGUUUGGUCCGCUACCGAGCUUUUUUGGGGAUAAGAAUAUUAUCCCCGAGGAGGAUACUUUGGUGUUUAUAGGGGUCGGCAACGAAGCUGUUAUCAACGUCUUCGGCCACAGCAUUUUGGAAAUCGACAUAGCCAUCAACGCCGAACUAAAUGAAGAAUUCCUCCCUUCGAGGAAUCCGAAGGAGGGCGCCGCUCUUACGGAAUUGCUUGCUCGGAUCAACUCCCUAACCGUGCAGUUGGCUCGAAAAGGGUUACUGGACGAAGUUUCUGGCUUGGCACUUCGUGUGUUCUUACGAGAUCAAUAUUUCCAAAUGGAAUAUGAUAUUAAUCUACCUACUCCUGAAGAUGAGACCGAAAACGAGACCGAAAAUGCAGCUUGAUAGAGAGCUUGACGCCUAUCACCGCUUAACGUUACCUGCUAACAAGCGGAUUGGCAAUAUUGGCCAUUU